AUGCCUCUGCCUGCCACCGCACCCUUGUCAACCCUAUCCCACGCACCUCCCGCCAUCCCUCUCCCUCCCUUCCCCUCUGCCUUUACCCCUCCCUCCGCUCCUCCCUUGCUCCCUGCCUCCCUUCCUUCCUAUUCACUCACUCCUCCCUCCCUCCCUUCCUCCCUCCCUCCCUUCCUCCCUCCCUCCCUCCCUCCCUUCCUCCUCCCUCCCUCCCUCCCUCCCUCCCUCCCUCCCUCCCUCCCUCCCUCCCUCCCUCCCUCCCUCCCUCCCUCCCUCCCUCCCUCCCUCUUUCCCUCCCUCCCUCCCUCCCUCCCUCCCUCCCUCCCUCUUUCCCUCCCUCCCUCCCUCCCUCCCUCCCUCCCUCCCUCCCUCCCUCCCUCCUUGUCUCCUUGCUUUCCUCCCUCCCUCUCCCCCCUUUCCGCCACAGUUAUUGCAUUGUCGUUUACCAGCCUGGUUUCACCACGUGAAAACUACACCCUUUCUCCCUCCCUGCUUCCGCACCCCUUACCCGGCUUCUCAUCCCAUUCUCACUUUAACCAACCCCCUUUUCCCCCCCUUUCCCCUUCCCCCCUUGAUCUCCCUGUCCUCCGUCCCCCCCCUUUCCCCUUCCAACCUCCCUCCUCCUCCCCAUCCCAGCCUGCUAUGUGCCUACCCGCCCGAUGCACUGCACCUCCCGCCUUGCCCUGCUGCGUGCAUGUGACAUGCCCCUCCCCUCCCCUCCUCCCUUUAUGGACACCGGGCAGAUGGCUGGGCAUGAACAAGCUCUCAGGCUCCAUCCCAGACGAACUCAGCGCCCUCACUGCUCUCACCUGGCUAGACCUCGGCAACAACCGUCUGUCAGGCCCUGUUCCCGACUCCCUGGGUCUGCUCUCCAACCUGCUCCAACUCAACCUGGGCAACAACCAGCUGACUGGCAGCAUACCUCCAUCGCUGGGGCACCUGUCAGCCCUUGACAGCCUCAACCUGGUUCACAACAAGUUCGCGGGGACUCUACCCGCCACCCUAGGCCAGCUCACCAACCUCACUCGCCUCUGGUUUGACAGGGACAGGGUGCAGUGUGUGGCAGGGGGGCCGUGUGAGGUGCCACAGGUGUCCAUCUCUCGCUUCUGUGCUUCCUGCAGUGGCUUCUGCGCUUCCUGCACCAAUGAAUCAGGUACGCUUCUUCACUCUGUGUCGUGUGCCAUUGCAACGAGGUGA